GUUUAUCGACUCUAGCACCAUUUGUCUUGUCUUGUGCAUCUGUCGCCUUUUUGAUGCUCUGUGAAGAACAACCCAAAUUUGUUUUUUUUAACUGAACUUGAGUUUCAACUUCUUCUGGGUUUCAAUUAUUUCUCUCUGGUUGUUCCAUUUUUUUAAUUUUAUUUUUAAAGAUUCUCUUGUUCUUUUGUUACUCUUUGAGUGAUGUCUCUAUAUGAAUUGAUUUUUGUUGCAAUUGAUUGAUUUUGUUGAGUUGGGUAUCUAUUUUUCUUGAUGGGUACUGCUGCUGCUCAGUGCCCAUUUAGUACCAGUGCCCAUUUCCAUGGAAAUUCUAGGGUUUUGCUUCCCAAAGUGGACUUCUCAAGCUUUAAUUUUUCUGCCAAUGGGGAAAUUUCAAGAUUGAACUUGUACCCAAGUUCUGCUUCCUCCGGCACUUCCAAGGGACGUGUUGGUCGAAUAAGUUCUCUACCUGAUGUGGAUGAUUUCUUCUGGGAGAAAGUUGCCACACCCAUACUAGAUACAGUUGAAAACCCUAUUCGCUUGAAAAACUUGUCUCCAAAGGAACUGAAACAAUUAGCUGAUGACAUCCGUUCAGAGUUGUCUUUUCUGAUGUCUAAAACUCAAAAACCUUUAAAAGCCAGUCUAGCAGUGGUGGAGUUGACAAUUGCAAUACACCAUGUUUUUCAUGCUCCUAUGGACAAGAUAUUGUGGGAUAUUGGGGAACAAACAUAUGCACAUAAGAUUCUGACUGGAAGACGGUCCCUCAUGCAUACGCUAAGACAAAAGAAUGGUCUUUCGGGUGUCACAUCUCGCUUUGAGAGCGAAUUCGAUCCAUUUGGUGCAGGGCAUGGAUGUAACAGUAUUUCUGCUGGACUUGGAAUGGCAGUUGCACGGGAUAUCAAAGGCAAGCGAGAUCGUGUAGUUGCAGUCAUUAGCAAUUGGACAACCAUGACUGGUCAGGUCUACGAGUCAAUGAGCAAUGCAGGUUAUUUGGACUCGAACAUGGUUGUGAUAUUAAACGACAGUCGCCACACGUUACAUCCAAAACUCGAGGAGAGUCCUAAGACACCGAUAAAUUUUCUAUCCAGUACUCUAAGCAAGCUGCAGUCAAGUAAAACCUUCCGGAAAUUUAGAGAAGUUGCCAAGAGUCUUACAAAGAGAAUCGGUGGAGGUACACAUGAAUGGGCAGCCAAGGUUGAUGAGUUUGUCCGUGGUAUGAUAGGUCCACCAGGAUCCACUCUGUUUGAAGAGCUUGGGUUGUAUUAUAUAGGUCCCGUUGAUGGACACAACAUUGAUGAUCUUUUGUGUGUCCUAAAUGAAGUAGCAUCCUUGGAUUCGAUGGGUCCUGUGUUGGUUCAUGUAAUAACAAAGGAAGAUCGGGAAGUAGAAGAUAGCCAAAAGCAUGAUAUAUUAAAUGAAUAUAAUGAAGGUUCAAGUAACCCUGAUUCCUUACCGUGUAGUACUCGUCCUCAAACAUACAGUGAUUACUUUGUGGAUGCUAUGAUUUCAGAGGCAGAGAAAGACAAAGAUAUUGUGAUAGUUCAUGCAGGAAUGGGAAUGGAACCACCACUUCAACAAUUUCAGGAAAAGUUUCCAGACAAGUUCUUCGAUGUGGGGAUGGCUGAGCAGCAUGGAGUUACUUUUUCUGCUGGUUUGUCGUGUGGGGGAUUGAAGCCAUUUUGUGUUAUCCCAUCUGCCUUUCUACAGAGAGCUUAUGAUCAGGUUGUUCAUGAUGUGGAUCGACAAAGAAUUCCAGUGCGUUUUGUCAUUACAAGUGCAGGAUUGGUGGGAUCCGAUGGUCCAACUCACUGUGGGGCAUUUGAUAUAACCUUUAUGUCAUGUUUGCCAAACAUGGUUGUCAUGGCACCAUCCGAUGAGGAUGAUCUUAUUCACAUGGUGGCCACGGCAGCCCAGAUUGAUGACAGGCCAGUUUGCUUGCGGUACCCUAGAGGUGCGAUUGUUAAGAUGAACAACUCUGUAUGCAGCGGUGUUCCAAUCGAGAUUGGGAAAGGCAGAGUUCUUAAAGAGGGUAGAGAUGUCGCUUUGCUUGGUUAUGGAGCCAUGGUUCAGAAUUGCCUUAAAGCUCAGUCCCUUCUUUCAAAGCUUGGCAUUGAUGUGACAGUCGCUGACGGAAGAUUUUGCAAGCCACUUGACAUAAAGUUAGUCAGGCAGCUAUGUGAAAACCAUGCCUUUCUUAUCACUGUUGAGGAAGGUUCUAUUGGUGGAUUUGGAUCGCAUGUUGCUCAGUUCAUUGCACUUGAUGGGCAACUCGAUGGAACAACUAAGUGGCGACCAAUUGUUUUACCGGACAACUACAUAGAGCACGCAUCUCCAAAGGAACAGCUUGACCUUGCAGGGCUGACCGGACAUCACAUUGCUGCUACGGCAUUAAGUCUUCUUGGCCGAACUCGUGAAGCCCUCCUUUUGAUGUGCUAAUAAAAUCUUCUUCUUUUUUCUCUUUUUUGUCUUUGUUGAUGAACAGAACCACAGUGAGCUGCCUCACAAAAUGGCUGAUUAUCAUUAUCAUCAUAUAGAGAGCAUUAGGUUUGCUUAUUCAUUUUGGUAAUCUCAGUUGCAGUUUGUACAUAUGCAUAAUAUGUUUGUACUGUGCUGACUCUCUCUCUCUCUCUCUCUCUCUCUCUCUUAUACAAAGGGGUUUGAUCUGAAAUAUGUGAGGUUCUCAUUCUUGUUAUGUAAAUGCCCUUAAGAAUAUUGUUCAAUUGUAUGUGUAUUGCUUUUUUUUUUUUUUUUAUUAAUUUAUUUAUUUGUUUA